AUCCCUUGAGCUGAUCAGAGCUGAUGUGCGUCAUUAUUAGCUUUAGUCAUGCAUGCAUAGCUAAAAAUGUUUUUUUUUGUUUGUUUUUUUACUGCAACCAAAGAUCAACAUGAACUCAGCCCAAAUAAAUACCUGUGUUUUUUUUUACUUUUUAUUAGGUCGUGGGACUUUGCGUCUUCAAUAAAAGUUGAGUGUUACUAGCGCUAUGUUUGCAAGGAUAAUUUUGCUAUAGGUUUGCUGAGUUGUCCUGUGCUGAAUUGUAGCCUAACCUUAUAUGUGAUGCGACCAUCAACGCACUGGUUUACUGUUCGAUUUGGGAUGCUACAGUAAAGCGCAAACUACAGUGCCUGUGGAAUUCCUCUUCGGCUGCUAGUCUGAGCUGAAUUCAGAAUCUCUUUUGUCCACACGGACGUUCCAUAGACUGAUGCAGGCUUGAGCGAAGAAAGAAACCUGAGUAGGCUAGCCUUUACUGCCUGCCUCAAGGCUGCAGAACAGUUAAUGUGUCCAUAAAAAUGGCUGCUGUAUUUAUUCAACAAUAUUAAGAUACUGAGCAGCAUACAUCGCCACGACUUGGCUUAUUGCUGGGAAAGGGAUGUCCACUCCAGAUCCUCCAGAGGCAGGUACGCCCAGGCCAGGCCCUUCCCCUGGUCCUGGGCAGUCCCCCGGCUCCACCCACAGCAUGAUGGGCCGCAGCCCGGGACCGCCCACCUCGUCGGCCCACACCAUCCCACCCUCGGGCCCACCGGGGUUCACCCAGGAGAACAUGCACCAGCUCCACAAACCUGGAGAGGGUCCGCUGGAGAAGAACAUGACUGAGGAUCCUCGCUUCGGUCAGAUGAAGGGGAUGUCCAUGAGGCCUGGAGCCCACGGGGGAAUGGGGCCUCCUCCAAGCCCCAUGGACCAACACUCCCAAGGUUAUCCAUCUCACAUGAGUGGCUCAGAGCACGGCUCUAGUCCAGUGUCUGGCAGUGGUCCUCCUUCAGGUCCUCUCCUGCCCUCCUCUUCCUCCUCUUCCUCGUCUGGGGCUGGUUCCGCCGCCAUGGAAACACCCGAGUCCCAGAUGCCUAUGGGCCAGCCGGGCCGCUCCGUGGUGUCCAUGGCCGGCCCCAGCGGCGUCAGUGGUGGCCCGGACGGCCCGUGCGGUCCCACGCCCUUCAACCAGAACCAGCUGCAUCAGCUGCGGGCCCAGAUCAUGGCCUACAAGAUCCUAGCCCGCGGGCAGCCCCUGCCUGACCACCUGCAGAUGGCGGUGCAGGGAAAGCAGCCCAUGCCUGGCAUGCAGCAGCAGACCAUGCCCAGCAUCCCGCCCUGCACCGGGGCACCCACGGGCCCUGGGUCCAUGGGCGCGGGGUUCAGCAGAGCUCACGGAAUGGUUGGGCCCAACAUGCCUCCGCCUGGUCCCUCUGGGGUAGCUAACAUGCAGGGCCAGCCACCCAGUGGACCCCCCAAAAACUGGCCUGAAGGUCCCAUGGUUAAUGCUGCCACGCCCUCCAACGCCUCCCAGAAGCUGAUCCCCCCUCAGCCCACGGGCAGACCCUCCCCCACGCCCCCCUCCGUGCCCUCGGCCGCCUCCCCGGUCAUGCCCCCCCAGACCCAGAUGCCCGGGCAGCCGUCCCAGCCCACGCCCAUGCAGGUGUCCCUGCACCAGAAGCAGAUCCGCAUCACGCCCAUACAGAAGCCCUGCGGCCUGGACCCGGUGGACAUCCUGCAGGAGAGAGAGUACAGACUGGAGGCUCGCAUCACACAUCGGAUCCAGGAGCUGGAGAACCUCCCCGGUUCCCUGGCUGGGGACCUGCGCACCAAAGCCACCAUAGAGCUCAAAGCUCUGCGGCUCCUCAAUUUCCAGAGACAGCUGAGGCAGGAGGUGGUGGUGUGCAUGCGGCGUGACACGGCCCUGGAGACGGCGCUGGACGCGCGGGCCUACAAGCGCAGCAAGCGGCAGUCCCUGCGCGAGGCCCGCAUCACGGAGAAGCUGGAGAAGCAGCAGAAGAUCGAGAGGGAGCGCAAACGCCGUCAGAAACACCAGGAGUAUUUGAACAGUAUCCUCCAGCAUGCUAAAGACUUCAAGGAGUACCACCGCUCCAUCACGGGCAAGAUCCAGAAGCUGACCAAGGCCGUGGCUACCUACCACGCCAACACGGAGCGCGAGCAGAAGAAGGAGAAUGAGCGCAUCGAGAAAGAGAGAAUGAGGAGACUGAUGGCUGAGGAUGAGGAGGGCUACCGUAAGCUCAUCGACCAGAAGAAGGACAAGCGCCUGGCCUACCUGCUCCAGCAGACGGAUGAAUACGUGGCCAACCUCACCGAGCUGGUCCGCGCCCACAAAGCCGUGCAGGCCCUCAAGGGCAAGAAAAAGAAAAAGAAAAAGAAGUCGAAGGUGGAGAAUGCUGAGGGGCAGCCAGGAGUGGGGCCUGAUGGAGAGCCACUGGAUGAGACCAGUCAGAUGAGCGACCUGCCAGUGAAGGUGAUUCACGUGGACAGCGGAAAUAUCCUGACCGGCGUGGAGGCCCCCAAGGCUGGGCAGCUGGAAACCUGGCUGGAGAUGAACCCAGGCUAUGAAGUGGCACCCAGGUCAGACAGUGAGGACACUGGCUCUGAUGGAGAGGAGGAGGAAGACGACGAGCAGCCUCAGUCCUCUGCGGCCACUGCGGACGAUAAGAAGAAGAUCACUGACCCUGACGGUGAAGAUGUGUCUGAGGUGGACGUCCGACACAUCAUCGAGGAGGCUAAGCAGGAUGUGGAUGAUGAGUAUGGCAGUGCAGCCUUCGCGCGCGGCCUGCAGUCCUACUAUGCCGUGGCCCAUGCUGUCACAGAGAAGGUGGAUAAGCAGUCCUCCCUGCUGGUCAACGGACAGCUCAAACACUACCAGAUCCAGGGCCUGGAGUGGCUGGUGUCCUUGUACAACAACAACCUGAACGGCAUCCUGGCUGACGAGAUGGGCCUGGGCAAGACCAUCCAGACCAUCGCCCUCAUCACCUACCUCAUGGAGUGCAAGCGCCUCAACGGCCCCUUCCUCAUCAUCGUGCCCCUCUCGACGCUCUCCAACUGGGUGUAUGAGUUUGACAAAUGGGCCCCAUCUGUGGUGAAGGUCUCUUACAAGGGCUCCCGUACUGCACGGAGAGCAUUUGUCCCUCAGCUGCGCAGUGGCAAGUUCAAUGUGCUGUUAACCACCUAUGAGUACAUUAUCAAAGACAAGCAAGUUCUGGCCAAGAUCCGCUGGAAGUACAUGAUCGUGGACGAGGGCCACCGCAUGAAGAACCACCACUGCAAGCUGACGCAGGUGCUAAACACGCACUACCUGGCGCCGCGUCGUGUCCUCCUGACCGGCACGCCGCUGCAGAACAAGCUGCCCGAGCUCUGGGCACUGCUCAACUUCCUGCUGCCCACCAUCUUCAAGAGUUGCAGCACCUUCGAGCAGUGGUUCAACGCACCCUUCGCCAUGACCGGAGAGAAGGUGGACCUGAACGAGGAGGAGACCAUUCUCAUCAUCCGGCGUCUGCACAAGGUGCUCCGCCCCUUCCUGCUGAGAAGGCUGAAGAAGGAAGUGGAAGCUCAGCUUCCUGAGAAGGUGGAGUAUGUGGUGAAGUGUGACAUGUCAGCCCUGCAGAGGGUGCUGUACCGGCACAUGCAGGCCAAAGGAGUCCUGCUCACCGACGGCUCUGAGAAAGACAAGAAGGGUAGAGGAGGCACCAAAGCUCUGAUGAACACCAUAGUGCAGCUCAGGAAGAUCUGCAACCACCCCUACAUGUUCCAGCAGAUUGAGGAAUCCUUCUCUGAGCAUCUCGGCUUCUCUGGUGGCUUUGUUCAAGGCCCUGACCUGUAUCGUGCUUCGGGUAAGUUUGAGCUGCUGGACCGCAUUCUGCCCAAGCUGCGGGCCACCAACCACAAGGUGCUGCUCUUCUGCCAGAUGACCUCCCUCAUGAACAUUAUGGAGGACUACUUUGCCUAUCGCCAUUUCAAGUACCUGCGUCUGGAUGGCACCACUAAGGCGGAGGAUCGCGGCAUGCUGCUGAAGACCUUCAACGAUCCCGCCUCCGAGUACUUUGUGUUCCUGCUCAGCACCAGAGCCGGCGGCCUGGGCCUCAACCUGCAGUCGGCCGACACCGUGGUCAUCUUCGACAGCGACUGGAACCCACACCAGGACCUGCAGGCCCAGGAUCGCGCCCACCGCAUCGGUCAGCAGAACGAGGUGCGCGUGCUGCGCCUCUGCACCGUCAACAGCGUGGAGGAGAAGAUCCUGGCCGCUGCCAAGUACAAGCUCAACGUGGACCAGAAGGUCAUCGAGGCAGGCAUGUUUGACCAGAAGUCCUCCAGCCACGAGCGUCGGGCCUUCCUGCAGGCCAUCCUGGAGCACGAGGAACAGGACGAGUUCUUCUAUCAUACCCAGAAUAUAGGCAGGGCAAGGCAAGGCAAGGAGGAAGAUGAAGUCCCUGAUGACGAGACGCUCAACCAGAUGAUCGCCAGGAGCGAAGACGAGUUUGACCACUUCAUGAGGAUGGAUCUGGACCGGCGGCGUGAGGAGGCGCGGAACCCCAAGCGUAAGCCUCGCCUGAUGGAGGAGGACGAGCUGCCCUCCUGGAUCCUGAAGGACGACGCCGAGGUGGAGCGGCUCACCAACGAGGAGGAGGAGGAGAAGAUGUUUGGCCGCGGCUCACGCCAGCGCAGGGAGGUGGACUACAGCGACACGCUCUCCGAGAAGCAGUGGCUGAAGGCCAUAGAGGGCGACACGCUGGACGAGGCUGAGGAGGAGGUGCGGCACAAGAAGGCCACGCGCAAGAGGCGGCGGGAGCGCGACCUGGACACGCCGGGCCCGUCCACGUCUGGGGGCGGACGAGGCGCGGGGAGGGACCGGGGCAGGGACAGAGAGCGGGAGAGGGAACGGGAGAGGGACAGGGACGACGAAGGCAAGAGACAGAGGAGGCGAGGCCGGCCCCCCUCCGAGAAAAUCUCGCCCAACCCCCCCACCCUCACCAAGAAGAUGAAGAAGAUCGUCGACGCCAUCA